AUGCCGUCGAUGGAUAAAUUGAAGGCUUUGAUCAACGAAUCCAUCGUCAAGCGAGAAAAUGCUUUCGCCGCGGCCUCUACUUUAUUUAAAUUAAUUAAAGGGUUGACUAAUGAGGCAGAUGUGGCCAAUAUGUGUUUAUCUGAGCUCUUUAAGAUAGAGAAGGCCUUCAAAGAGGCUGAUGAGUUGAUUGUUAAACUCAACUCUCAGUUGGAGGAGCCAGAACGGGACGGAUCGCCAUCGAAAUUCGCGGCAUUUUUUGAGAUUUGCCUGCAGAUCCGCGCUGCCCACAGUCAGCUGACUGCGUCUACGUCGGUCGCAAAGACGGGUUCAUCCUCCUCUGUUGACCUUCCGAUUCCUCGGGUCGAGUUGCCAUGUUUUCAUGGUAAAAUCGAAGAAUGGCCCGGCUUCAUCGCACUAUUCGACGCUCUUGUGCAUCAAAGCAACUCCCUGGCGCCUGUUCAAAAAUUUCACCUGCUAACGUCUGCUCUCUCAGGUGAAGCGGCUUCUGUCAUCUCCGGCUUUGAGCUAAAUUCAGUCAAUUAUCCUCUGGCUUAUCAGGCCCUUUACGCUCGGUACCAAAAUCCCCGUCGGCUGGCUGACUUGUAUGUGAACCAGAUACUGGAUUCGCGGCCGGCGUCUGUUUCUUCUUUAUCCCAGUUGAAACAAUUCGCCACCACGCAUCAAAAUGCCAUCAACGCCCUCAAGGCAUUGCCCAUUCCAGAUUUGGCUGAUUAUCUUCUGUUUUCUCUUGCCUUGCGCAACUUAGACGUACCAUCUCGCCAGCUGUUCGAGGGGCAAUUAUCCUCUGAUGACUUUCCUAACCUCACCCAAUUGCUCGAAUUCACCAAUCGACAAUUACGAGUGUUGGAAAGCACUUCCAUCACUUCGUCCCGUGCGUCUGCGCCAAAGAGGCCGCCUAGACCUCAAUCACCAGCGGGGUCAGCGUCUGCUCCUUCAUCGUCUGGGCCCUCCUCUGCUGGUCCGUCCUCCCGUCGUCCUGCCUAUGCAGGUGUGCGUCCUCCUACAUCUUCUGGUUCGUCGUCAGUGUGUGUGUUCUGCUCGGCGAAUCACUCAAUUCGCCAGUGUCGUGAGUUCAAAGCCAUGACCAUCCAUCAGCGAAGAGCUUUCGUGACUGAGAGGCGAUUAUGUAGAAAUUGCAUGUCAUCGUUCCACGCCACUGCUGAUUGUGGUUCGGAUCAGUGCUGUCACACGUGCGGGGGGCGUCACCAUACGAUUCUUCAUCUGGCACCUGUUGGCCCUACGCCCUCUCUUGGUACCCAAACGGAGGAGAAACCAACGAAUCAGACUCCCUCUCAACCUUCUGGUUCGUCGGAGCCGCCAGCCCGUGCCUCCACCUCUCGAGGUAGUUCAGUGAGAGGCCGAAGGACUGGCCUGGGGGGGUCUCGCACGCCUCCUAAGGGGUCAAGUUCAGCAUCUUCUGGAAGCGGUUCCGAAUGA